AUGACCACCUUGGCCGAACGAAACCGGCAGGUGUUGUGUACGUCCAAACGAGAAGGCGUUGGAACGAAAGUGAAACAGCUACUCAUACGUACUACUGUCAAACUGGACUCUUUCUUCUCCAAGUUGGGCAAAUAUAGUCCGCAAUACAUCUCAUCCGACGAAAUUCUCGAAGAGCUUUUCAUGAGCAAUAACAUGUCGUCGGACAAGGUCCCCUUGGGCUCUCAAAUAGAGCAGAGUUCUCCUAAGGAGACCCGCACAGACAACGAGGCAAGCGUCAGCGGCAUCUCCGCAGAACAACCGCAAAAAAAUGAUGACUUAAAUUUUGACGAGUUGUGGGAAAAACAACACGCUGAGUGGCUGACACCGUUGCCUGAAUAUCAAACACUUCAUGGAAGACUCCAGCUUCAAAAACGCAUGCAUGAGGGGGAUAUUAAACACAUCGUUUCUCCAAAGGACCACUGGAUCGUUUAUCAAACUUUGGUCGUUCAGAGCAGUGCUUUGAAACGAGCAAUCAGCUUAUCAAACGUCAUUGAAAUCUUGCAUAGUGGAUGGGUAGCCGACAAAACUUGGGAACGUGGAGUUACUUCGGCUGUUUCUGCUCCACUUCCGAUAAAUCUAUUGUGA